GCAGCUCAUUGAGAUGAAAGGGAUCGCGAGGGGCUGUGCUCAACUUCAAAACCGCGUCCCGAGUCCCGCUGCCGUACAGCAGCUUUCAGCGAACCGAGCGAGCGGCGCACAGGAAGAGAGAGAGACUAUAUAUAAUAUAAAGACUUUAUAUGUGUUUGAUUUUUGCAUCGCGUUUUUGUUGCGUGCCCAAAGUUAUGAUCACAAUAUUUAGUUCGCAACGUUAGUGCCUGUUGAAUUGGCGCAGCUUUGAUGUGUCUUGCUCGCUGAUCAUCGGUCAGAUUACAUAUUUGAGAUCAUAACCCUUCCCUGCCUUUGAUCUCUGCGCUGUUUUUCCCCCCCCAAUCUGGUGGUUAUUUUGGAAUGGGACAUACAGUACGCCGGACUGUGAAAUGUUGCUGAGACGGGUGCAGAGAAUACUACAAGGGCUCUCGCUGGUGUAGAAGAGCCUUUGAACUUUGUUUUAACAAACUUGGUGGUCAGCAUUCUAACAGCUGCUGUACAUCAUUACAAUGGCCCGGAUGCAACGACACAUCUCCUUAUUUAUAUUGACAGUUCAAAUCAUAUUCUUACUCCUGGUUCCCGUGGGAGUAGCGGAGGAGAGCAGAGGCUGCAGGGAGCAGGAGUACAGGGACCUGUUUGGAACCUGCAAAGCCUGCCAGCAGUGCGAUGCAGGACAGGAGCUAUCAAAGGAAUGUGGCUUCGGUUACGGGGUGGAUGCCCGGUGCGUGGGCUGCCGGAGCGCCCGCUUCAAGGAGGACCGUGGCCUGCAGAAGUGCAAGCCCUGCCUGGACUGCGGCCUGCUCAACCGCUUCCAGAAGGCCAACUGCUCGGCCACUCGCAACGCCGCGUGCGGGGACUGCCUGCCCGGAUACUACAGGAAGACCAAGCUGAGCGGCUUCCAGGACAUGGAGUGCAUCCUGUGCGGAGACCAACGCCCCGCUUAUGAGCCUCACUGCAGCGGGCGUGUGAACCGGGUGCCCCUGCCCUCGGUGCCCUCCAGCCCCCGGGACAUGGCCCUGGCGGCGGUCAUCUGCAGCGCCCUGGUCACCGUGCUGCUGGCCCUGCUGGUGCUCUGCGUCAUCUACUGCAAGAGGCAGCUGCUGGAGAAGAAGCCCGGAGCCUCCAUGCGGUUGCAGGACGGCCCGUACAACGGGGCGGAGCUGUCGUGUCUGGACCGCCGCUGGCACCCGGAAUCCCAGACCCCAUGCUGCCAGUGUCACCUGGGGCCGGGACACACCUGUGGUCCGGUCCACCUCAUCCCGUCUCUCUGCUGGGACGAGAGCUGCCCGUCUGGGCCUGGACAGCCGGGCCACAGUGCCUUCCAUUCCCAGAUGAGCUUGAGCUACGGGGACCCCAACCAGGACCAGGACCAGGACCACGAUGGCCCCCCAGGACCACAGCGGGCCAGAACCCCCCCCGGGGGAGGCCUCAGCAGAGACCUGGCUCCCCGAGCGCUCAGAGAGCCCUGUGACACCGCAGCACUGCCCUGA